AUGCAUCAUCCCUACACUCGCUUGGCUUUUUAUGCUAUUUUUGUCGGCACCGGCCUGGCUCAGAGAGACAUUACUCAGUGCCCAACAGCCGAGACGACCAUCCAGGACAGUCAAGGCCGACCCUGGGCCGUCUGUGCCAACAGCGAUUUUAUUGGCGACUCAGUACAGAUCCUCGCCAAUGUGCAGACGGACCAGGCAUGCCAGAAACUGUGCGCCUCGAACGGGGCAUGCACCAUGGCGGUCUUUGACAAGAUGUAUUUCUACUGCCACAUCAAAGGCGCCGGGCAAAGAUGGGUCACCAGUGACAAUUCCCAGUUCAACAGCAUCAGAGUCCUGGCUGCUGUUCCUGACCGGCAGCCCAUCGACCGGUGUCCCAAGGCGGAGACCAACACCACCGACAGCCAGGGGAGGACGUGGACGACUUGUCCAAACAGCGAUUUUUUGGGCCCCACCAUUCAGAUCACUCCCAACGUCGCCUCGUCGGCUGCGUGUCAAGAGCUCUGCGCGGCCAACAGCGCCUGCAACCGUGCCGUUUGGGACAGGCUAGGCUACUGUCAUACCAAGGGCGCCGGGCAGGAAUGGGUGUCGAGCGCAAACAAGUUUGACACGGUGCGGCUGGCUUCUGAUGCAUCGGGAGGCGGUGGCGGCAGCGGCAGCAGCAGCAGCAACACCAAUAGUAAUGAUAAUAAUAAUAACAAUAAUAAUAAUAAUAGCGGCCAGAUCCCCAGCGACUGGAGAUGCAAUGGCCAACAGACAGUAGUCACGACGAGCGACGGCUCGACGUGGGCUCAGUGCACUAAUACCGACUGGCAGGGGCGCAGCAUGUACGCUUUGGACAAUUUCAAAUCGGCUGCGGCCUGCGCUGAGGCUUGCUCCAUCACUCCGACGUGCAAAGAUGCCGUCUGGGACAAACAGUACAACUACUGCCACAUGAAAGAUUCCAAGGCGGGGCUCGUGCAGGCCGACAACAAACAGUUUGACCAGCUGAGGUUGAUCAAAAGGGCGGCUCCCGCGACGCAGCCCGCGCAGGUGGGCGGCCGAUGGUCGGACAGGAUCAGCUACCCCGUCGUGCCGGCGGCCGCCUACGUGGUUCCGCAGCAGCCCUUUGCCAGCCGCGUGCUGGCGUUCUCGGCCGGCGACAACAUGGCGUUUGCCGGCCGGAAUGGGCAGACGCAGUUUGCAGACUGGAACUACCAGACGGGCGCCGUCUCGGGGCGUACGGUGCAAGAGACCAAGCACGACAUGUUCUGUCCCGGCAUCAGCUCCCUGGCGGACGGCAGGAUGGUGGUCACGGGCGGCAACGACGCGGCCGCGGUCAGCAUCUACGACCCUUCGACCAACCGAUUCGUGCGCGCGCCGGACAUGAAGCUGGCCCGCGGCUACCAGUCCAGCACGACGCUCUCCAACGGCAGGGUCUUCACCAUCGGAGGCUCCUUCACGGGCGGCGUCAAGACCAAGAACGGCGAGGUCUACGACCCGAGCAGCAACAAGUGGACGCUCCUGGACGGGUGCAAGGCGGACGCGCUCAACACGCCCGACAACAACUGGAGGCGCGACAACCACGCCUGGCUGUACGGCUGGACGGGCGGCAGCGUCUUCCAGGCCGGCCCCAGCGGGCAGAUGAACUGGUACAGCACCGACAACGGCGGCGGCGGCGGCACGCGCAGCGCCGGCGUCCGAAACUCGACGGGCGCGGCCAUGUGCGGCACCAACGUCAUGUACGACACGGGCAAGAUCCUCGCGGCGGGCGGGUCGCCGCUCUACGACAACGACGCGGGCGUGACGACGGCGCAGAUCAUCAACGUCCCCGCGCCGGGCCAGACCGCCACGACGCAAAAGGCCCCCGACAUGAAGUACCCGCGCGCCUUUGCCAACAGCGUCGUGCUGCCCGACGGCUCGGUGCUGGUCACGGGCGGGCAAAAGUUCGCGCGCCAGUUCACCGACGUCGAGUCCAUCCUGUACCCGGAGCUCUGGAGCCCCAAGACCAACACCUGGACCGUCGUGAACCCCAUGGCCGUGCCGAGGAACUACCACUCCGUGUCCCUGCUCCUGGGCGACGGCCGCGUCUGGGCCGCCGGCGGCGGGUUGUGCUGGGUCAACCGUGGCGCCGCCGACAAUGCCGCGAACUGGCAGUGCGAGGCGUCCGCGCAGCACGCCGACGGCGAGAUCUUUUCGCCGCCCUACCUGUUCAACGCCGACGGGUCCGAGGCCGCCCGCCCCAACAUCACGGCCCUGACCACCUCCAACGACGGCAACGGCAACUGGGUGCGGGCCGGCGGCUCCCUGACCGUCACCCUGGACGACAGCGGGCCCAUGACCUUUUCCGUGCUGCGGUUGGGUUCCGCCACCCACUCCAUCAACAGCGACCAGCGCCGCCUGUCGUUGACCUCCACCCAAAAGGGCGCCAAGCACACCAUCCGCCUGCCGAGCGACGGUGGCGUGCUGCUGCCGGGCUACUGGUUUUUGUUUGCAAUGAAUGCUCAGGGUACUCCGUGCGUCGCGAGGGUGAUUCAGGUUAGGUUACGACAACCCAUCACUAUGGAACCCACUCAAGGAGCAAGCGCCCUCCUGGCCCUCGCUGAGGCUAUCCGGGAAACAAAACCGCACGAGGUUGACUACUUCGAUACCAUCAGGGAGUAUUAUACCAUCUGCUCCUCAACAUGCGCAAACGACAAAAUUCUGGAACAAAGCUCCAAAGAUCUCCUGAAGAGGGCAGGCCUGCUAGGACCUCACAACUCAAACCACGACACGUAUAUGAUCACUAUCCAUACCAACGCCGUUGGCGGUGCAGAGGACAUCAUGUUGUGCUUGGAAGGCCUAUUCAACGUCGUUGACGGAUGGAUAGUUAUCAACCAUCUAAACACGAGUAUGGAAUUCCCCGUGCAGGAUGAUAGAGCCAACGUGUCGACAGCUGCACUUUUCGGCUACGUUUGGAGCAGACUUGCUUGCAAGAAGGGCAAGGGAAUGGGUGUCUCGCCUCUCAAGGCGGUCAUAUUUGAGAAGCUCUCCGAUUAUUCUUCCCCCGAGAACCUCAGCAUGCUAAGAUGCUUGAGCGACACCCAAGGCGCCUUGCUCAAUACGUUGAACCUGAGCUCUGGGCAAGACUUCCUAGGUGAGCUGAGCGGACCGGUCAAGUUCGAGCAUCUGUUCAAGGACGGUGGCGUCUGUCGCGUCCUUUCCGAUGCCUUGACUGCAGCUCAGUCCGUGUUCUCCAAUAGAUAUCCCACAGAGCUCCUCUGGUCAAGGGACUCAACAACCGGCUAUUACAGCCUGCUAGUCUUGCUCCAGCCGCUUUUCGACCUGGAGGAGAGCUCAAGUUCCCCCCAGGCUACCUACCAAGACGUCCCCGUCCGCGCCCCGGUCCUAAACCACCCGCGAAUCCUCAAGAAGUCAUACGAAGCACUGGUAGAAACGGUACCAGAAUGCUCUGGUCCCAACGAUCCAGGCGCACAGACGCUGUCACUGCGACGGGGUGGCGAUCUUGACCGCCAACAGCCUCCGCGAUCCGCGCCCGACUUUGACUUGCUCGAGGCCCGGCUGGACCGGCUCUGCACCAACGAGCCCGACCCGGAGCUGGAGGCAGAGGCCAAGAGGCUGGAGGAGUUGAGUAAGCGACAGGCUGGCGUCUGGGAUGAAGAGACCGAGAAGGUGAUGAAGGAAAUCAAGGAGUCUGAGGAGAAAGCAUCGGCCAACAAGGGGGGACAAAUGGGGACGAUUCCCAUUGGCUGUUUCGGUGAGCGCAAAUAG